AUGGUGCUCUCCUAUGGGCGGGGCCAGGGCAAGUGGGUCGGGACAGAGCUCGGGGGGAGCCGCUCCUGGAGCCUCACGCUGGGCUGCCCUGUCAUCGCCCCACCAGGGACGGGCCGCCACACCGAGCGCGGAGCCCCUCAGCGGCCCCUGCUGCAUGUGGCUCGCUGUCCCCCACACGGUUCCGGCGCGCCGGGAACGGCCUGCACGCAGUCCCAGGUGGACCCUCCGGGCACUGGUCCCUGUCUCCCCUCCCUAGGCCGCGUGGGCUUCACUCAGCACGGGUCUGAGGCCAAGUGCACUCCUGGCAGAGGCCAGCGAAGGGAAGUCGGGGACCCCAAGGGAGUGUCCCGCUGUGAUCUCUGGGCAAGCGCCCGGCGGGGGAGCCCCCGUCCUCCGGGCCUGGUGUCGCCAGGGGGCAGCACAGGCCGUGGGGCCUGCGGCCACCUGCUCUUCUGCAGCCUCGAGGCUCUGGUGUCUGGUCCUCAGAGGGUUAACUCAGCCCCCCUUGGCCAGUGGGCCCGCGGGGGUCCAGCCCCUCUGUCCUUAAGGCUGGGCGAGGCAGUGGGGUCCGGAGCAGGCCGGGCUGAGGCGGGCCCUGGGGAGAGGCUGUGGGUGGGGGCAGGAUCCCUCCAUGUCCACUCUGCUCGGGCAUAUCCGUGCUGCACGCCCCGCCUCGCACACCUUUCCCAAAGCGCCCCAGUCCCCACGGCCCACACUGGCUGGAUUCGCUGGACGGGCUCUCAGGCCCCAGGGGCGGGGAGGGGCUUGGGCUCAGGGGCGGGGCGUCUGGUCUCCUCCUCGCUUCAGGCUCUGGGCCACCCGACCCCUCCAAGAGGCAUUGUUCUGGGUGGGGGUCCUUGGGGGCUGGGGAGUACCUGGCUGCUGGCUGCGGGACCACAGACCUUGUCUUGGCAUCCGGCCUGUCUGGGGCGGGUGGGGUGGGUGCGGGCAGCGUGGAGGCCCCGGAGGGGCUGUGCAGGGCUGAGAGGGGCCCUCUCCCCAGGGCCGGCCGCUGGCACCCAGUUUGGGAGGGACGGGGUCGCUCUCACCUCACCUGUGCUGGGUUUUUCCUGAGACCCGGAUCCGC